UUUACUUAUAUUUUGGUCUCUAUAUAAUAAUAUAUCUCUUUCUCUUUCAUUUUUGUGUUUCCUCUUUCUAGGGCUUCAAGUUUCAACUUGAAGUAUUAAACUUUCUAAUGUUUUCACAAAUAUGGUUGCAUUAGGGUACUGACCCAGAAAAGAAGGAUCAUCAUAAGGUACUAAAGAGGAGAUUGAAAGGAAAGAGAAAGGAAAAAACAAAGAAAAGUGAAGAAAGAGGUAAAAAUUGUUCAAAAAUAGUAAGAAAGAAAAAAAAAAGGAAAAAAUUUAAUUUUGUAGAGGAAAUUUAGUGUGAGGAAAAGAGUGAAUAGACAUAAGAAGGAUGGGAAGAGGAAGAGUAGAAUUGAAGAGGAUAGAGAACAAAAUAAACAGACAAGUUACAUUUGCAAAGAGAAGAAAUGGUCUUCUUAAGAAAGCUUAUGAACUUUCUGUUCUUUGUGAUGCUGAAGUUGCUCUUAUCAUCUUCUCUACUCGUGGAAAGCUUUAUGAAUUUUGUAGCACUUCUAACAUGCUCAAAACUCUUGAUAGGUACCAGAAAUGUAGUUAUGGUGCUGUGGAAGUUAGCAAACCUGCCAAGGAACUUGAGCAGAGCAGCUACCGUGAAUACUUGAAGCUGAAACAAAGAUUUGAAAAUCUUCAAAAGACCCAGAGAAAUCUUUUAGGGGAAGACUUGGGCCCACUGAAUUCUAAAGAUCUUGAGCAGCUUGAAAGGCAAUUAGAUUCAUCUCUGAAGCAAGUUAGAUCCACAAAGACACAAUUCAUGUUGGACCAAUUAGCUGAUCUUCAAAAUAAGGAACAUAUGUUGGUAGAAGCAAACAGAUCCUUGUCAAUCAAGUUGGAUGAAAUCAAUUCAAGAAAUCACUACAGGCAAUCAUGGGAAGCUGGUGAUCAAAGCAUGCAAUAUGGUGGUCCACAAAAUGCUCAUUCUCAGAGCUUCUUCCAGCAGCUGGAAUGCAAUCCCACAUUACAGAUUGGUCCUGAUUAUAGGUACAACAAUGUAACUUCAGAUCAGAUAGCUUCAACAAGUCAAGCACAACAACAAGUGAAUGGCUUUGUUCCUGGAUGGAUGCUUUAAUUGAGAGCUAAACUCAAUAUUUAGCUUGCUACAUAAAAAGGGAAAAAGCCAAUUAAUAUGAUGGCAUUCAAGGCAAUGUGUAAAUGAUUAUGCUACUGUGCUUCUAUUGUUUUUUACUUUUGAGGUAUAAAAACAGCUAUGACUUUUACUUGAAGCUGCUAAACCUUAGCCAUAGAAAUAUGGCAUUCAAGAAAUUUAUAAUAUUGAGCAUCUUGGAUUUAAUA